CUGUGCCAAUAGUUGUUGAACAACAAAUUAACAUAUACUGUACUUAUCAAAGUUGAAGUUUAGGGAUAGUAGUAUUUUGCAAUGAUCUUGUUGCAAUCCAACCGGGAUUUGCUCGCCGGCUCGCUUCUCCUGUGGCGGGGGUGUCCACGCCGAUGAUGAAGAAAGCUAUUCCGCCCAAAAUCAUCGCAGAGAAAUACGGUCUCCCAGGAGUGCCAAAUUUUGAAACAUCGCAUCUGCUGCCGCACAGAUGGAGAUUUGGAGGGGGAUUAUUUCCGAAGACGAUGGCUUGUUGGAGUUUGGAGAAAUCAGAUUUAGAAACUACUACUACUACUACUACUACUACUAAUACUGAGUUGAGAGUAAAUGUUCGGCCAGCAACAGAAGCUCAUGCGGAAGAGGCAGUUGAAGCUCUGAAAGAUGGGAAGGUCAUUGCCGUCCCCACUGACACUCUCUAUGGUUUCGCGUGUGAUGCUUGCUCUGUGGAAGCAGUUAAUAGGACGUACGAGAUUAAAGGGCGUAAACACACAAGCCCUUUUGCAAUAUGUGUUGGGGACAUAUCAGAUAUUAAACGAUUUGCUAUAACAGACCAUUUAACUCCUGGCUUGCUCGAUUGUCUCCUCCCAGGACCUGUAACUCUGGUGCUAAGCCGAGGGGACUCUAGUAUUCUAGAGAAGUCGUUGAACCCUGGAUUAGAUACUAUUGGAGUUCGAGUACCAGACUGUAGCUUUAUAAGGGUUAUUGCCCGUGGAUCCGGAAGUGCACUAGCCCUAACAAGUGCAAACCUAAGUGGGCAACCAAGUAGUGUUUGCAUAAAAGAUUUUGAAAAACUCUGGAAACACUGUGCAUAUGUUUAUGAUGGUGGUGUGCUUCCAUCUGGGCGAGCAGGAUCAACAGUGGUGCAACUUACAAAGCCCGGAAAAUACAAGAUUCUUAGAGCAGGGAGCGCAAAGGAAGAGACUGUUGCGGUCCUUCAAAGGCACUCUCGUUUAGAUGAUGCGAUGGAUACAUAGCAAGAGGUCCAAAGUGUUGCUAUUGGCAGCGUGUAUUAGCAAGAGAAUUUAUGUUGGCACGUGAGAAAUUGCUUCUAUACAUUGUUGUUAAAUUUUUCUGUAUACUAUGGCUGGUGAAGCUAUUUUUCCGGUACGCUAUAGCUGUUGUGAAGCUACCUUUCUUUUUUCUUUGAUAAGUAAUCUUGGCAAUUGUUCUUGCACCUAGGUUCUAUAGAGAUUGCUGAUUAUAAAGUAUUAGUCUCAAUUUUUUUGAAAA